CCUCACGACCAAAAAUUGUCACGAGCACAGUACAGCCAAUGGAAUUGGGGCAAAGGCGAACGUUCAUGGCAGUUAAUGGAAGGCGCUAAGAUAGCUAGUCAUGAGCUAAUUGUACUAUUAGCUAGAUACAUCUGUGCCAUUUCUUGUUUAAAGUCUACAUUCAGCAACUAAGGAGUCGUUUAAGGGGUCAGCAUCAUGAGUGAACCACAGCAGGUCAGUGCCCUGCCUCCUCCGCCUAUGCAGUACAUCAAAGAGUACACAGAUGAAAACAUCCGCAAGGGUCUGGCUCCGAAGCCGCCUCCACCCAUCAGAGACAGCUACAUGAUGUUUGGCAACCAGUUCCAGUGUGAUGACCUCAUCAUCCGGCCACUGGAGAGCCAAGGCAUUGAGAGGCUCCAUCCUAUGCAGUUUGAUCACAAACGGGAGCUUAAGAAGCUCAACAUGUCCAUUCUUGUGAACUUUCUGGACCUCCUGGACAUCCUUAUCAAGAGCCCUGGCAGUAUAAAGCGUGAAGAGAAGCUGGAGGACUUGAAGCUUCUAUUUGUUCAUAUGCACCACCUGAUUAAUGAGUACAGGCCACAUCAAGCCAGGGAGACACUGAGGGUGAUGAUGGAGGUGCAGAAGAGACAGAGGCAAGAUACAGCUGAGAGGUUCCAGAAACAUCUGGAGAGGGUGGUGGAGAUGAUCCAGGGCUGCCUUGCCUCCUUACCUGAUGACUUACCACAGAUGGAGGGUCCAGAUGCUGGUGAUGGGGGGGUGUCUGCAGCAGCCAGUUUUAGUUGUUCUUUUGGGCAGGCCCCCAGGCGGAAAACAGAACCGAUGGAUAUAGAGGAAGCAGGGGCCAGCUGUAUGGCAGCAGGUCACCAGGACAAGAGCGCCCAUACCUCAAAGAGGGAUAAAACGUGGGACAAGGAUGCUGCCUUGUGCAGUAUUAUUGAUGAAAUUGCUUAAGUAUUCUGUUGAGUAGUUGUAAACUGUUUGUUUUUUGUAUGCUGUACUUAGAGUAAGUAUGACAAAGUUUGCUGUUUUCACUGGGCCUGAAAUCUGGACUUGAAUGGUAUUUUUAUUUGAAAGCCAUUAUGUAAAUAAUAUGAACAGUUCCUGUGAAGAAAUUUGAAGAAUGUAAAUAUUACACACAUGAACUAGGGUGCCAACUUUCAGUUUUUGGAAUAAACCAAUAAAGAAAUUUCCAAAUGCAA